AAUGUAAUAUGUUGGAUCAGUUAUAAGCAGCUACCCCUUAGUUCUCAGUAGCAGACGGACCUGUCACAAUGACGCCGCGGUGGAGCUGGGGUUUAUGCCUCUUACUCUUAAUUAUUGCUUGUGAAGCUGGGAGAGAUUUCUACAAGAUUCUUGGGGUGCCCCGUGAUGCAAGUGUAAACCAGAUCAAAAAGGCUUAUCGAAAAUUGGCAAAAGAGUAUCACCCAGACAAGAACAAAGAUGAUCCUGAAGCUGAAGAUAAAUUUAAGGACUUAGGUGCAGCAUAUGAGGUUCUUGUUGAUGAUGAUAAGCGACAAAAGUAUGACAGGUGCGGAGAAGAAUGUGUAGCCAAAGAGGAUGGCUUUGGAGGAAUGGAUCCCUUUGCCAGUUUCUUUGGUGAUUUUGGUUUUGGCUUUGGGGGAGGUCAGCCAAGAGAAAGGGAGGUACCUAAGGGUGGAGAUGUGACCAUGGAAUUAUCAGUUACACUUGAGGAGCUUUAUGUAGGCAAUUUUGUUGAGAUGGUACGAAAUAAACCAGUAGCCAGGGCAGCAUCGGGCACACGGCGAUGUAACUGUCGACAGGAAAUGGUUACUCGACAGUUAGGUCCUGGAAGGUUCCAGAUGACUCAGCAGCAAGUGUGUGAUGAAUGCCCUAAUGUCAAAUUAGUGAAUGAGGAACGCACUUUGGAAUUUGAGAUCGAGCCUGGUAUGGUUGAUGAACAAGAGCACCGCUUUAUUGGUGAGGGUGAGCCACAUAUUGAUGGGGACCCUGGUGAUCUCAUUAUACGCAUCAAGACAGUACCACAUGAAAGAUUUGAGCGUCGAGGUGAUGAUUUGUACACCAAUGUUACAUUGUCUCUACAAGAAGCUCUCUUAGGAUUUGAACUUAAUAUUCCACAUCUGGAUAAGCACUUGGUACAUAUUGUACGAGAGAAACCAACUUGGCCUGGUGCUCGAAUUCGUAAGAAGGGUGAAGGUAUGCCAAAUUACGAUAAUAAUAAUCUGUUUGGCAUUCUCUACAUUACUUUUGACGUGGAGUUCCCAAAGAAUGAAUUUGGUGCAGAAGAUAAAGAAGCUCUUACGAAGAUAUUGAAACAAGAUUCCAUAGGAAAAGUCUACAAUGGCUUAAGGGGCUACUGAUCUAUAUAUUAAACUAGGAGUUUUGUACAGAUUGUUAUAUUUAUGUGUGGAUUUACUAAUAGAAUUGAGAAUGGAUGGCCACUUUAGUCUUAUACUGUGCACUCUUCUUUUGUAGGAGUAAGACUUUAAAGUAUUGAUGAUGAACUUUUCUCAUUUGAAUGGUAUAACUUAGAUUUGGACAAAAAACAUUGAUAAAUUAUAUAAUAUUAAAAAAAUUCUCAGAAUAAAUGGUUCUCAAUGAUUUGUCUUGUAUAUAUCAACUGCAUAUAUUUUAGCAAAUGAUGUGCUUCUCAAGAACAAGUGUGCAUAACUAAUGGGGCAUAUAACUGGAAUACUUUUUACCUCACAAAGUAUUUUAUCCCUUAAGUCGAGUAGACAGUGUGGUAUACUUUUUCAACCCCACAAAGUAAAUUUUCUUUAAUUUACCGUUGGUGUUCUAUCCUCAAGAUGACAGACUCAUUAUGCUGUGUUUGAUAUGUAGUUGUCUAAUUUGUGUACUGUAAUUAGAACAUGUUUUUCUGUUCCGAAGAAAAUCAGUUUUUAUGAAUUUGACGAAAUAAAAGUUAGUGUUUUCAGUGGUAAGAAAAAAUAUUUUAUAUUAAAAAAAAUGUCCAUACAUCAUGCCAUUAGGGACUAGGGGGAAAAGGAUUUGGCUAGCUUAGGCAGUCUGUUUUCUAGCCAGUUUGAUAAUUUUUAUUUUACUACAGUUUGGUAUACUCUUCAUAAUGAAUCUGCCCCCAUCCCAUUCUCAAAUACACGCACACAAACAUACAACACCCGGAAUAAAAACUUUUGAGUGGUAUCAGAUUUACAUUUAAUUUUAUGGAAAUAAUUUUUAGAUAAUAAUACAUUUAAGUUUAACUAAAUGGGGGCUUUGUUGUGCAUCAACCCUUGUUGAAAUUUUUUAGUUUAUAUUGUAUCACUCUUAAGUAAUUUCUGGUGUACAUGUUCUUUUCAUAUCUAGCAGCUUGAGAAUCUGAUUAGAAAUAUGAUGAAGAAAUAUUGGAAUGCAGUUAGAUUUCAAGGAAUGCUCAUUUUCUAGUAGCAAUAUUAAUUUACUUAUCAAAGUUCACUGUGAUAAAUGCACUUUCAUAGCAUAUUUGGAAGAAUAGUGUACCUCAUAAGUCAUGCUCAUUAUGUACUUGACAAUGAAGUGGCUUAGUAUUGACGUUAUAGAUGAUUUAUAAGAUAAAUCAGGCUAUGAUAUUUUUCCCUAAAGCAGGUGGAGUUCACAGUCUUCAUAGAAGUUACCCUUAAUCUUAGUGGCACAUUGUUUGGUUUCAUCAGUAAAACUUAAAAUGGUAUCUGACAAGUUAGAAUUUAAUAGAACUCCAAUACCAAGGGAAUACUGUAUUAAAUGGUGAAAAUGGAAAGCUGUUUAUACAGUUGUUUGAACUGUGAAUGCAGGCUGAAAAAAUUAUAUUUAUUUUUUAACACAAGAAAACAAGCCUCACCCACACCACAGUGAAGCUGGGUGACUGAAAUCAGUAGCCUCACAAUCUCCCUUUAUUUGCUGUCAUUUGUUCUUUAUGAUUGUUGCUCAGAAAAUUUUAUUUUAUAUAUACUAUUUGCACUUGAGUUUCUGUGAGCGUAACUACUAUGUAUACCACUUCACAUUUAAGUUAGAAUAGUUCAUCAAACCAUUAAGGAAACAUGAGUGCAUGAAGUCAAUUUAUUUUUGCUGCGUGUAGCAAUGGUUGAAGAGUUACACCUGCACACAAUAAACGAGACCAAAGUUAAGAGUGAAUGUUUAGGACUGCUGUGGUAUGAUUAAUAAAUCUGAAUAAAAUUAAAUUCUC